AUGCCCGAUGUGCCUACCAGCGUCAGCAAUGGCGGGGUCGUCAGCUACAACCAUGGCAUCAUGCAGAGGCGAUGCAGAGUGUCAGCAAGGGAGCUGGAGCACAAGAUGAUGGGAGGGGUGGACUUCUGGCGAGCAGUGGUUAACGUCACAGUGGAAGGGGAAGCUGGGAAGAAUGGCCUUGUCUUCAACUCCCGCCAUGGCGGGUUCGAAGUCGAAAAAGCAAGGGAACUUGCCUUCAGUGAGGAUCAUCCGGUCGGGGCUAGGAUGGUGUCAGGGUUCCUGGCUGUUGUUUUCAUCAUCCUGACCGUGUUCAAGAUGACUAGCAGCGUCUGGGGAAGAAGGUCGAGAAUGCAUGUUUCAAUGACGGACUUGCCCUCGAAGGACCCGAGCUUCCCUGUCCUGCAGGAAGAAGAGAUGAGAAGAGAAAGUGGACUGUUUCAUUCAAGACAUGCUUCUUCGUGA